GGGGGGAGGUGGUGUUUGCAGUCAGAGAGUCAAAGGCAAGUGAAGGUGGAAAGACAGACCGAGCGACAGAGCGCAGCCGCCGCAAACGAGAAAGAGGCAAGCAGGCAGACGCACGGACAGCGGGAGCCAUGACGGAGCUUCAGGAAGUACAGAUAACUGAGGAGAAGCCACUUCUGCGAGCCCCAGGAGCACCUGAUCCGGGCAAGGAUGCUGAAUUGAUAGCAGCCAAACUUCUACAAGAACAUGGCCAGAAACACACGGUGGAAACACCUUAUGGGAUUGCGACAAUCACCAUCCACGGAACACCCAAACCCAAACGUCCGGCCAUCCUCACCUACCAUGAUGUGGGACAAAAUCAUCAUUCGUGCUUCGACACCCUCUUCCACUAUGAGGACAUGCAAGAGAUCAUAAAGAACUUCGUGGUGAUACAUGUGGACGCGCCUGGCAUGGAGGAGGGUGCCCCGGCCUUCCCUCUGGGGUAUCAGUAUCCUUCGCUGGACCAGCUGGCUGACAUGAUCCCCUGCAUCUUGCAAUACGUAAACUUCACCAGCAUCAUUGGAAUUGGAGUUGGAGCUGGCGCUUACAUCCUGGCACGCUACAGCCUCUCUCAUGCAGACACUGUGGAGGGUUUGGUUCUGAUCAACAUUGACCCCAAUGCCAAGGGCUGGAUGGACUGGGCUGCUCACAAGCUGACUGGCCUCACAUCCUCCAGCACUGAGAUGAUUCUAGCACAUCUCUUCAGCCAGGAGGAACUGUCCAAGAACACUGAGUUGGUGCAACAACAGCGGGAUAUCCUGAGUCAUUCAACUAAUUUGCCCAAUAUCCAGCUCUACUGGAGCAGCUACAACAGCCGCAGAGACCUGAGCUUGGAGCGUGGAGGAGACAUCACUUUCAAGUGUCCCGUGAUGCUGGUGGUGGGAGACCAGGCCCCUCACGAAGAUGCUGUGGUGGAAUGUAAUUCCAAACUGGACCCCACCCAGACCUCUUUUCUCAAGAUGGCAGAUUCCGGAGGACAACCACAGCUGACCCAGCCUGGUAAACUGACUGAAGCUUUCAAGUACUUUGUACAAGGCAUGGGAUACAUCCCUUACGUACUGGACAAGAAACUGAGUCAGGGUGGCUUCGUCCUGCAUGACCCGCCUCUCUCGCUCACGCACCGCCUCUCUGUCCAGUGCCACUUCGGGGGACGGGAAUCGCUCCCGCUCGCGCACCCUGUCUCAGAGCAGCGAGGCGGGGGCACCACAGCCACCAGCCCCCACCAUGGAGGUGUCCUGCUGAGCGCCGAGCCAGGGGACGAGACCACCUCCCACCUCUGAAUAGGACUUCUUCUGCUAUUCCACAAUGCACUCCGGCCACUGGGCCAUGCGACGAUCUCCCCUAACGGUACUAAACGUCCAGGGAGGCCCAGAUGGGAUGCAAUUUUACUCUUUUUAAAACAAACAUUAACUCCCCUUGACCUUUCCUUCUCACCCAACACAUACACACCUCCCUCGCCACCCUGCCCUCUUCUCUCCCAUAACCUUAAGACUAAUGUCAGCCCCCAACUAGUGACCCCUCGGCACCUAGGGAGGUGUGUAUGGAAUACUAUACAUUUUCCAAACUGUUAGGCCCUCUGCACCUGCUCUGAAUUUCUCCUUUGUCCUUCAUCCUCUUGUGCACUUAGUUUCCUUAACAAGGAAAGUCUGGAUGAUGGGGUUUUGUUUUGUUUUGUCUUUUCUCUCCUGUCUAAAUCAUAGCUAAGCAUUGUUCCUCCUCCCCCUGACUUCUGAGCGAUACGUUCUUAGAGUAGCCCAGGAUGGGCAUCGGAUUGCCUCGCUAGCUCUCUCUGACCCCUCUGGAGUGUACGUUGGCAAAAAGCAGGAUCUCACAAGAGACGCAUACAAGCCCCCUGGAAGGACUUGUCAUGCCAACAUAAUGCCCCCAGCAUGGGAGUGGCUUCACCCUACCCCCACCCCCACCUUCGCUGUGCUCUCAUACCCAUAUUGUCUGCUUUGGUCUCAUCUCCUGAGACUUCCAUCCAUCCCAUCUGCCUUAGGACGUUUUAGUUCCUUCUCCAGGGCAUAGGUUAAUUCUUUCCCCCCCGUUCUCACUUAAAAAGAAAUUGAGCUGUUGAUUCCUCCCUGCAGUCUAUUUGCUUUUAUUUUGCAUCUUCAUCCUACCCCUCCCGUACAUCUACCCUUCCCUAGCCAAUGGCUGCAUUGCCUAUUGAUUCUCUUUCCUUCCCUGAAAACCCUUGUAGAUGGUAGCUGCUUUGUGAUGUGCAUGUACAGUUCCUGCUCAGACAGCGAGUGAUUUUGGCAGUUAGGGGAUUUGGGAGGCUAGGCAAAACUAAAAUUGGGGGUCGGGGGGGGUUGGGUUGUUCCUUUUUGGGAUUUCAGGAGAAGCUGGGGUGGGAGACUUGCUGGAGGCUUGAGCCAGAUUGCAUUGCUGUGACUGUGUCAAGCACAGAUGACAACAGGCUGCAGUUAUACUGGCUUUGUGUAAUGAGAUGAGUGGAGGAGACUCCGACUGUUAUCGGCUGUGAAUAUUAUUUUUAUUUUUAUUUUGCAACAAGGGCUGACUUUAGUGGGUUCCGGCUGCUGGCUUUGAGCGGGGCUCUUGUGGUGCCAUGGAGGGUGAACCUUGUGUCAGCUUACUCUCUAACGGGAUUCCAACUGUAUCAGUUCUCUGAAUGUUAUCGGCUGUAUUAAAAAAAAUCCUUAAAUGUAUUGAUAGUGUUUGCCAUGUGGAUCUCACAGAAUAAGGAAUCCAAAACAAAUAAGGUAAAAUAUUUUCUUUGGACCAGCUCUAGGUUGAGGGUAUUCAGUAUGUAAACUUUUGAGUGACACAGAAUGCUCCAUCGAGCCCCAGAAUUGAGAGUUCUUUGGAACCAAAAAGACGAUGGUCCAGUUAGAAAGUCACCUCACCUAUUCCUCAAACCUGAAUAGGCACUGGGGGUUAAUUGUUCAGCUGCCUGUGUAAAAGGGCAUUGUUUGGAAUUUAAACUCCCGCAUAUAAUGGGAUCCCAUUGUAUUUAAGAAUGUGUGGGCUCUGUUUUUCACCCCCAGAGCAGUUGAUGGUGAAUUCUCUUAACAAUAAAAUCUCUAGAGGAA